CCAACUCUUUUACUAUCCUCGCUAGCAUUUGAGCCCGCCAUGUCUUCUGCACCGCCUACUGAAAUACCCACGAUCGAGCUUGGAGUUCCAGGCGACAAGGUCAAGGUGCCACGCAUUGGCUUUGGCUGUAUGGGCCUGAGCUCCACCUAUGGUGCCUCAGACGACGGCGAAUCGCUAAAGACACUGAAUCACGCCCUGGACGUCGGCAGCAACUUUAUCGAUUCCGCCGAUGUGUAUGGCUGUGGACAUAACGAGCGUCUAAUCGCGCAGCUGCUAAGAGAUCGUCGUGAUGACGUGUUCCUUUGUACCAAGUUCGGCAGCGCUUUCACUGAGCCGCCGCCAGGAAACACAGAUACUUUCCACAAGUUCUUGAAGGGUGUUGAUGGCACGCCAGAAUACGUGCUCCAGGCCGCCUCUGAUAGUCUGCGUAGGCUCAAUGUCGACAAGAUCGACCUGUACUACCAGCAUCGCGUCGAUAAAAAUGUCCCAAUCGAGGAGACGGUCGGGGCCAUGGCAGAGCUCGUCAAGGCCGGCAAGGUGCGGUACUUGGGACUGUCCGAGUGCUCGGCCGAGACCCUUCGCCGUGCCUACAAGGUGCAUCCGAUUGCGGCGGUGCAGGUCGAGUACAACUGCUGGUCGCUGGACAUUGAACAGAAUGGGCUGCUUGAAGCCUGCCGCGAGCUGGGUGUCACUGUGGUUGCAUAUUCGCCGCUUGGCCGUGGGUUCCUAACCGGCCAAAUUCGAAAGUUUGAGGAUCUACCUGACACUGACUCCCGCCGCUCUCACCCACGGUUCCAGCCAGAAAGUUUCCACCACAACAUCAAACUGGUUGAGGCGUUCGAGGAAAUGAGUGCCAAGAAGGGGUGCAAGCCUGGGCAGCUGGCGCUGGCGUGGGUGCUGGCUCAGGACCCGAAUCUGAUUGUGAUUCCUGGAACCAAGCGUAUCAAGUACUUGGAUGAGAACGUUGCAUCGGGGCAGGUCCACAUCUCCGAUGCUGAGAACAAGCAGAUCCGCGACAUCAUCAACUCGAUCCCCAUUUCUGGCGACAGAUAUCCAGAGGUCCAUAUGAAAAAGCUUGACAACUGAGGUGUUUCCAAAUGCCAUUCCAGCUCUUCGGCCGUUUAGUAAUUACAGGCAAUAGUCAGAGUACAGCUUUUUGUGUAGCACAACCUGUAUGAUUCUUCGACGAUAUAAUGGCUGCCUGCCGACAAAAAGUACAUGCAUGGCCUGUGCAGUUGGAAAGCUGGAUGGACUCCGCUUUGGGAUUAUCUUUUCUUGAAAGUUGAUGAGCCAGCAUUCUGCCCUUUUCUGACAUCCUUUGUAGGCUAGCCCACUUUUGCAUCUAAAAAUAAGCAGCCUGACAUUGGAAUUCUACCCAGCACUCUUGGUGCUCUUGGCAGCAUAUAAAAUGUAGCACUACUAGCAGG